UGCAGUUUCUGUCCCGCAGAAACAUAUUUAUUGCGCUUAGAAGACUGGGUCACCCACAUGUAAGAAAAAAAAAUGAAGCCCAUGCUUUUGUUCUUUUUCAUCAUUUGGCUUGCAGAUGCGGAGCAGAAACUCCGGAAAGGUUCUGGGGUGGUUUGUACUUUCAAAAACAAGACAUACAACCCAGGAGACAGCUGGCAUCCCUAUCUGGAGCCAUUUGGAUUGAUGUUCUGUAUGCGCUGUGUCUGCACAGAGACAGGUCAUGUGAAAUGUAACACAAUCAAGUGUCCUCCUCUGCCAUGUGAGAACCCCGUGGCUGUGCCUCAGCAGUGCUGCCCAAAAUGCACAGAUGGACCCAGGAUCCCUGCAGGUCUGAGAGCUUCAGUGAGAUCCUGCAGAUAUAAUGGAAGCAUUUAUCAGCCAGGGGAGACCUUCACCAAGCACGACCUCUUCCCAUCCAAGCAAAGCAAUCAGUGUGCCAUGUGCUCAUGCUCUAAUGGAAACAUCUUCUGCGCUCUGAAAACAUGCCAACAAGUCACCUGCUCCUCGCCAGUCUCAGUUUCAGACACCUGCUGUUUGGUGUGUAAAGAUCAUGGCAUCACUGGGUCUUCAUCCACUGAGGAUGGAAACCAGCAGCUGAACAGAGGCGUCAGGCAUUCAGUCGACCGGUGUUCUGCAGAGGUGCGGCCCGACCGUGCCACUCCACCCAGGGUCAGGACUUCUCCAAGAGGCCUGAGUCUGAGUAAACUUAACCUUAAAGGGGCUUCAGAAACCACCGUGAAGAUUUUGCUACAGAGGAAACACCAAAGAGCGUGUUUAUACAACGGCAAGACGUACUCCCAUGGAGACAUGUGGCACCCAGUUUUGGGCAAGGUCCUGGAAUGCAUCGUGUGCACUUGCACGGAUGGCCUGCAGGACUGCAAACGCAUCACGUGUCCCAGCCAGUAUCCAUGCCAACAUCCUGUGAAACCAGUGGGGAAGUGCUGCAAGACUUGUCCAGAGAAUAAAACUGAAAGUAACCACACCCAGUGUUAUCUUGGAUAUAAAAACAGCCUUGUGGUUUAUAAAGUGGAAUCAUCUCUGCGAGUCGACUCGCCCGGCACAAUGAGGAUCAUUGCUGUUGAAAGACAAAAGACUGCUGAAGUUGAAGUCCAAGUAUGGAAGACCAUAGAAGGUGUUUCACAAUUAAUGGAAAUUGAUGACAAUCAACAAAAGUUUGUUAUGGAUCAUCCGGAAAACUACACAAUGCUUACAACUCUUAAUGAAGAGACAUGGAGAAGAUUCAAAGAGGAGGGAAAAAACCUGACCAAUGCUCCUCGCACCACAAUUUGCGAAGACGGGAUCCGGGAGGUGGUGACUUUCCUAAAUCCUCGGCAGACUGAAGGCCUGUGUUCACCCUAAUACGUUUUACACCUUUUUUUUAUUACAUCGAUACACCCCUUACAUAAGAGGUCUCAAACUCGUGGCCCACGGGCCAGAUGCAGCCCUCGGAUGGAUUUAAUUUGGCCCGCCUCAAAAUAGCAACUUAUUUCUGUGUGUUUUCUUUUAUGAAUAGAUUUGUUUGGCAUCAUAGAUAUGUUUUUAUUAAAAUAUCGUCCCUAUCAUCACCCCCUACUGAACCAGACUAGAUGCUCAGUGGCCCCCAGGUCAUUUGAGUUUGAGACCCCUGCCUCACACACAUAUAUAGGCAUGGUUGCCCCGUGUCAUUCCCCUCAUAAUCCUGGAAUUUCUCAUUUAUGAUGUUCAUAUUAUCAUCAUGUCAUUGUCCAGUGUGUUUAAACCAUCACACAUUUUUAUGUGUUAGUUGUUGGAUUUGAGAACACAGGCUAUAACAGCGGUGUGUUUGACAAGCGUCUGCCCGAGGGUGUUCUUUCUUGAAGUAAAUGUGGCGUAUAGAGCUAAAAGUGAGUCUCAGAAUCCACCUCUGUGGCCUCUGACUUUGCAGAUGUGAAAUUUUGGGAGCAGUAUUUCUCAAAGGCUUUUGCUUAAACAUAUGAAUAUUAUUAGAAUAUGCUGAGAGUAAGUGGCUAUAUGGCCUUUAAGGAUGUAAAGGAUGUUGAAUGCAUACUGUAUUUAUUGUAAAUACAUAUUGAGGUUUUGUCACUUUA